ACUUUUUAGGCUCAGCUAAUCCUGCUUAACUUUCACAUUACAGAGGGACAAGGUGGAGUCUUGUACUUCUGUGAAAAGAUGUACAGUGUGCUGGCAUUUGCCCACUCUGAGGAAUAAGAAUGUGCACUUUAAAAAUAAAAAAGUAAAGAAAAAUCUGAAGUGAAAGAUCCUGGAGGAGCCCCUUGAGAGCUGAAAACCACCCUUCCCUGAUGUGAAAGACACAUCAUUUACGCUGCUUCGCGGGUCAGCAGUGCUGGAAGUUAAAAUGAGCGUGUUGCCUCAAGCGGUACUCCAAAGCCCAGGGGAACAUCCCAAGUUCAUAGAGCAGCAUCUUUGCCCCCCAUUAGACUUUGCAAGGAUUCAUUUGAUCAAAGACAAAGAUGCCAUAGAUGAUUAUUUGGCGAAGAAUAUCAAAGGAGUGUCAACACAAGAAGCUGCUGCUUACAGGAAUUCAUACAAGAAGAACAUCUGCAUAGACAUGCUGUGCCGGGGUUAUCACAAGUCCUUCUCUGAGCUCCUCACUCUGAUCCAGAAGUGGAAUGCCUUCAGGGAGGCUGCAGGGCUUGGGUCAGCCAUAUGGCAUGAGAAGUCCCUGGAGGAGCAGCCUGAUAAGCUGGAUCAGCUUUACCACUUCCUGACCGGGGCUGAGGCAGCCCAGCGGGCAGGGCACUAUGAGAAGGUGUAUGAUAACCAGCUUAGCUUGGCCUGCUUUUUCAAUGACCCUGAGGACAAAUGGUUAAGUAACUACUUUUAUGAGCAAAGCUAUAACACUGCUCAAUUAGUAGAAAUUGAUGGUGGGAAGAGAAAGGCACAAGCAUAUGUAAACAUGGGCCUCGUCAAAGAGGAAGAAGGUCAUGUUACGAAAGCUGCUGAGUAUUUUGAAGCAUUUUAUCAGCUAACAGAGGGCUCAUCUUGGAAGGACGAAACAGGCCACACUUACACUUCACUGGCAUGUCAGCAUCUCUGGAGAAUUUAUACAUUGCUAGCAGACAAAAUGCUGGAAAAUCAAGAACACCAAGAGGCCAUCAAAAUGCUACUAAAAGCUUUAAAGAUGGCAAAAGAAGGAGGUGAUAUAAAGAUGCACGGAGAAGCGGCCUAUUGCUUAAGUCUAGCAUAUCAUUUUUCUGGAGAGCAUGAGACAGCAUUAGCAGUUUUGAACACCUCUGUAGAAAUCUUCACAACCCUUUGUGAUUCUGCUGGCCUGGGCAGAGCAUAUGCAGCUGUAGCCAAGAUCCUGGCAAGUCAGGGAAAAUCAAAUGAGGCUGUGAAGUACUUGGGAGAGUUUAUAAAGGACGCUGAGAGCGCUAAUCUAAGCCAAAGCCUGGUGGAUGCAAAUGUCCUACUUGGAAAAGUUCACAAUGAAAGAGGGAACUAUAACAAAGCUCUGGAAUACUUCAGUCAGGCCUCUGAAGCAGCGAAAGCUUUGAACAAUUUGCCCUUGGUGGCUGAAACAGAGAGUUACUGUGGCAUUGCCAAGGCUCAUCAGCUGAUGGUGGCGUUCAACAGCCACAUAGCAGCAGCAGCAGCCGAUCCCCUCAGCCUGCAGUGCCUGCUGGCAUGGAAGCAAAACAGAAGUGACAUGUGCACUGACCCUCUUCCAGCCGAACCUGGUAAAGAAACAAGUGCCUCAAAGUCUCUGUGAGCCUCUGUCCAAGACACCAGUUCAAGAUCUUCCUGAGGAUGCCUGUUUAUUGACAGAGAAGCUGAUGUAUAAUGAGUACAGGAAAAUCCUUGAAGAGUGGUGCAGCAAAGUAGGAAUUUCAGCAAAGGUUUUGUCAUUAAAAUGCUAUUGUCAAAAAAAGCAUCUGUAAUUUAAAUAAUUUUUUUACUGACACCUGUAGUCUUCACAGUCCUCAGAGGACUCAAGAGUCCUCAGAGCCUGCUGCUAUUGGUGUUGGCAUUAGGAAGAGUUAGAGGACAGAAGAUGGAAAUUAUCACUUUGCAAAAUACACAUAAAAACAGAAUUUGUAACCUUUGAAUUUUAUUUAGAAAAGUUGGUGAUUCAUAAUUUCACAUAUUAGAAAACCCCUUCUUUUAAACUAAACAAAGAAAGCUUUAUCACUCCCAACAGCCAACCAUUCCUUUCUCUUAAUGGAGGUUUCCAGUCUCAGAGUUUGUAGCGAGGUCCAUUAGACCUAUAAUCAGGUUUUAUGAUGGUGUUUGAGCAAGCAUUAGCUUUUGCCAUAGUAAUAACUCAAUUCACAAUUUUCUUCAGGAUUGUAAUCUGAGUAUGUGGUUGACAUGUGACAAUAGGGUUUCUCCCUGUUAAAGAAUAGUAAAAAUGUAUCAUUAACCAGCUCUUAUUAGACUAUUUUUGAUCCAAAAUGCUGUAUACAUGCAAUCUAAAUACAAAUAGCUAAAUAAUUUUAUUCUUUUGUUUCUAGGUCUUUAUUGUCUGAACACCAUGCUUAUUAUAACAAUGUUAAUUUAGAAGGCUUUUGCAAGGCUGAAAAGUUGUAUAGAAAUAUUCCCACAUGCAAUUGUGCACACACAUAGGCAACAAAUCUCCUUGCUCAGUCUUAAAAUGAGGUAAACAUUUUAUGGAAACCAGAAAGAUUAACAGGACUACGAAUUAAAUAUAAACAUCUGUAUUGUUUACCCCUUAAGUUUCCCCCUUAUAUUUUAAUAGUAUUGAUUUGAAAUAAGAAAAACAUUCUAAAACCAGCACAUUUUUUCAAAUAAUAUCUUAAAAUCCUGUUAAUCUACAAGCUCUUCUAAUCUUUGUAAGUAUAGCAUGACUGCUAAUUUUAGAUAUUUGGAAUUUCUUUUAUCAAAAUAUUGUCCAAAGAAAUUACAUAAUUGAAUUUGGCCUUCACAGUAAGAAUAAAUAAGUAUAUAAAAUAAUGCAAAUUGUGACAAUAUUCUAGAAAAUACACCAAUUUAUCAAGGGCAAGUUUCUAAAUUCUUAAUGGCUUUUAAUCCCAUGUACAUUUCUGCAGGAACUGAACAUUCUGGUUUUGUGUCUCAAAAGUUGUUGUGUAGUUAUGUUAAAUAGCAUCUGUGAUUUUCGCUAUUUUUUGCCAAUCUGUACUCGUUACUACAUGAUAACUCUGAUAUGCUUGUGAAAAAUGGUCAUGAAUUAAUCCCCUAGAGCAUUAACUCUCCCAUACUUUUUGAUACUUCAUCAUGCAGCUUUUAAUAAAAAUAAGGAGAAAUUUAUCAUCCUAUA